AUGUUAAUUUACUUGUGUUUAUGCACGAUAUUAUUAGCGAUACCAUAUACAAAAACAAGCUCUACAACUCAAACAAAUUUAGAUAAUGCAACUAAGGGUAUUGAAUUACACUCUGAAGCAAACCACGACCAAGAAAAUACAAAACUAAUAAUACCAAGUGAAGGUGGACCUGUUCUACCUAAUGCUUCUUCAGUUACUUUGCCAAAAGAAACUCAUCCUAUGAUAAUUAAAUUGGAUAAGGAGUUACAAGAAAACAAGGAGAAGUCUGUAGUUCCUCGUAAAGGUGUGACAUAUGAUUUUAAAGAAGUUAGUGAUGAACAUGGCAUAGAGGCUGGUAUUGAUACAAUAAAAUCACUAAAUAGUUCUAUUGAUUCUUCAAGUACUACCACUUUAAUGUCUAACAACGAUACUAAUGACAUAAGUGCUGAAAAAUUCAACAAGACAAAAAUUCAUAAACCUACUGUGUUAUCGUCAAAACUUUUAGAUGAACUUGGUGAAAAAUUUGACUUACCACCUGAUUCCAAAAUAAAAAAGCUCCAUGAAAAUAGCCGUCCUGAUUUAAUAAUGCCUAUUGUGAUAACAAUAUUAGUUGUACCAAUGUUUGCAGUGGUUGCUUAUAUGGCUGUAAAGAGGGGGAAAGAAGCAUGGAAAAACAGACAUUACAAAAGAAUGGACUUCCUCUUAGAUGGAAUGUAUAAUGAUUAA